GAGCAUCGACAGCCAAGCGGGAAAGGCAAAAAUAGGAGGAUGAUCUUCACCGCAUCUGAUGGCAAGCAGUUCGAGGAUCGAGCGGCAUGGCGGCUCUACGAGUUCGAGUUGACCUACACGUUCCGUAACAAGAAGGACGAGACGCUCAUGAAGCUGCCUGGGCAGAUCGAAGGACAACCUUUUGACGUCUCGGACCUGGAGGGAUGCACGGUCAUGCUGCUGGACCACAUUAACCAGGUGCAGAUCGACAACCUGGCAAAUUGCCGAGUUUUCGUCGGUCCAAGUUCGGAGUCCGUUUUCGUUCGAAACUGCAGUAAUUGCGUCUUUACUAUCGCGUGCAAGCAGCUUCGAACACGAGACUGCUCGGGCUGCUCAAUCUACCUAUACUCGCUGACAGACCCGAUCAUCGAGACGUCGCAGCAGAUGACAUUCGCUCCAUUCAACGGUGCUUACUGCGGCAUUGAGCGGAACUUUACGGACGCGCGGUUGGAACCAGCAAAUAACCACUGGUCGCAGCUCUACGACUUCAAUGACCCCAACAAGACAGGUGCCAACUGGCGCAUUCUCCAGCAAGAGGAAGAAGUUGCGCCGUGGGUGAUUGACAUCGAACCGCAAGUCCCUGGCGCCACUGCGUCGUUGGGCGCAUGUGUGAAUCCGGUUGCGCGGGACUCUGGUUUUGUGAAGUACACCGACAGCUCUGCGUCGGCCUCUGGCGGCAUGCAGUCGUUUACGUUUAACACAUCCCAGAAGGAAGCAACCAAGGUGAUGCAGACCACUACGUCCGACACUUCCGUUGCAUCGUCGAUUCCUGCUGCAAUUGCAACUGCACCUGCACCGAUGACAUCUCAAGUUGUACCAGUCGCUCCCACGAGUGCAGCUCCAGCUCCGUCAGCCCCUGCCCAAGCGCCACCAGUACCUCCACCUGCUCCCGUUGAAGGUUCUCACGCUCUGAAGCAGGCUAUUGCUGCGUCGCCAGAGCACGUCGCACCUCCUUCCAUGGGAUCUCCAGUGCUACCUCCAGUCGAAGGAGCCGACUUGGCCACGAAAGGAAAGGAUGCGCCUGUGGUGGACGUCGUCGUAGAGCAAGUCACCGAGAUGAUGGGGAUGAUGAAUGCCGAGAACCCUACGCGAGCCGCGAAGCUGCGUAAAUGGUACGCUAGAGCGUGGUGGGUGGGCGUGCAUGUGUACGGCUACGUGGUGCUAGGCGUCAAGGGUGAUUUGAGUCCGCAGGCGCUGCCUACAGCUCAGUUCGUGGUGUACUUGGUCGUAGCGGUGGCAGCCAUUCUGUGCUACGUGGUACUGCAAUGCUCGUCGCCCGGACAACUCGACAAGAGGUCAAUGCUGGCACCGGUUCAAACUACAACACCCACAGAACUUGGUAGCUCUCCGCGGAUUACAACGGAAGACGGUGACGAUACAGAAUUGCUAGGCGAUGGAGAGGAGAACGAGCAUCCGAGGAACAGCGCUGAUCUGCACUUCUGUAACGAAUGUCACGUGUUCCAACCCCUGAGGACAAAACACUGUAAGGAUUGCGCUCGGUGUACGCGGCAGUACGAUCAUCAUUGCGAUUGCGUGGGGACUUGCGUGGGUGAGAACAACCGUCGGUUGUUCGUGCUGUACUUGGUGUUGCAGAUUCUGGAAGGUGCGGUGAUGAUCGACGUGACAUCGCAGGCAUUUACGGAACAAGACGAUGUCAACGACUGGUUCAAGACCAACGCGCUGUACAUUGUGCUGUGGUUCCUGCUCAUGUGCGUGCUACUUAUCGUCGUUCCGCUCUUUUGCUACCAGGCGUAUCUCAUCUCGACGAACCAGACCUCAUGGGAACAUGCUCGCCGCUCGUCAAUCACUUACUUACAGAACCUGCCGGACAAGCGCUCUCCAUUCGACCGCGGCGUACUGAAAAACUGGUGGGUUUUCCUCUCCAAUGGCGACAGCAACCAGUGGGUCCACAAGAGUGUUGCCAAACCGCUGACAUCUCACACAGACGACGGUUCCUCGCUCGUAUAACUCAAAUAC